UUCCGACUCCACAUCGCCACAUCGGAGCUGCUCGGUUUAUCAAUAAAAGUUUCGUUAUUUAAAUCGUUCCGAUAUUAAACAUUACAUUUCGUUUAGAACCGAACAGAGUUAAACUCGAUAACUCGUUUUCUUAACCGAAGCAGGACAGCCACUAAUAGAGUGUUUAUUAUGGCCAAUUCGGGAUUCGAUGUGUCCGGGUUUCAGGUGGAAGAAGACCCGGCCGCGGCGUUUCUCGCCCAGCAGCAGAGUGAGAUCGCCGGGAUAGAGAACGACGAGGACGGCUUCGGGUUCGGGGACACACCGGCCCAGCCCUCACACCCGGCUUCUCUCCCGUUCCAAGCAGACGGUUUCGGAGGACCAGCUAUGAACGGAGACCUGUUUCAGGAGUCCAACGGUGUGUCGGACGGUUAUGCGGCCAUCGCCCAUGCUGACGUCCAGAGGCAGGAGCCUGAAAGUUUACGCAAGUGGAGAGAGGAACAGAAGACGCGACUGGAACAGUUAGAUAUAGCCUCUAAAGCAGCAGAAGCUGAGUGGAGGGAGAAGGCGAAGAAGGAGCUGGAGGACUGGCACGUUCACCAGCAAGAACAAAUGGAAAAUAAUAAAGUUAACAACAGAGCAUCAGAGGACGCCUUUCUGAAGGAGUGCGACGACGACCGUCCCGGCUCCGAAUGGGAGAAAGUGGCGUGGCUGUGCGACUUCAACCCCAAGACGAGCCGCCAGACCAAGGACGUUUCCCGAAUGCGCUCCGUCCUCAUUUCCCUGAAACAGACGCCGCUGAGUCGCUGAGGCCUCGUCCCGCUCCGCCACAUCUCGCCUUCUCUUCAUCUCCUUCUUCCUCUCGCACUUUAUUUUAUUUAGCGAACACUAACUUUGGGUUUUUCUGUUGAAGUGUUACUGAAGGUGUCUGGUGUCCUUAUUUCUCUCGCACAUCAUUACAAAUCCUUUCCUUGUUUAUGAAUGAAGAUGAUUUCAGUCCUUUUUUAAUUCAUUAUUUGCUUAAAGGUCUUUUGUUAAGUGCACACGUUUGUGAUUUUACCUGGGGGGGGUCAAAGGGUUAAGAACAGAAUUGGAACAUACUUGUUGUGCUUCAGCUCUUUACGUUACUUCUUCUCGAGAAGAAAACUAAACAGAAAACUGACUUCUAUAAACUGAUUUACUAUAAACUCAUAAAGCCUCACUGCUAAUCCUUAAAUCUGGGUGUUUCAGUUAUACCUGUUGCCAACAUGAGUAUAAAAUUCUUGCAGAUUUAUAGAGACAGGUUUAGCUCUCUCACUAUCGGCUCACUAGACGGAAUGUAAACAAGCUCUGAUUGGUUAUCGUGUGAAACCUCAACCUUAUGAAAGUGUGGUUAUGGGCACAUAUAUAUAUAUAUAUGAGCAUAAAGCUUGUCUUUCGCUGCUGUGGAUCCCUGAUUGCAGUCGAGCAGGGUAUAUUGCUGCUCACGCCUCCUCUGACCCGUGCGCAGCCCUUAACAGAACCCUUUUCCACCCAUGCACUGCUCUAUCUGCCAAUCAGAGUCCUUACACAGUGUUGGAAGACCCCGCUCACAUAUUCCGGUCAUCACUCCCUGCAGGCGGUGCCAAUUAUGCCCGCUAGAUGGCGCCCAGCUGACCGGUGGCAAUGCCGAGUUUCGAACCGAGGAGUUCAGAAUCUCGGCGCUGGUGUGUUGGCGGAAUAUUCUGCUGCAUCACCUGGGUGCAUGGGAGAGUCUUUUUACCUCCACCAUGAUACGGUACCUACAAAUUACUAAGAAUUUUAGCUGCAUCUGUUUUAAAUUGUCAUGCUGAGAUGGUGGAAAUGUUAGUAGUGGACCCUCAGACCAUUGUAAAGCAUUAAAGCUCUGCUUUGUCAUAAGAAUUAAUCAAAAACAGGUUAACCUGACAGUGUGGCAAUAUCGCUGUACCAUCAUCUACAUCGUUUACUUAACACACUCCGGAAUUAUGCUUGUUAUUACCAUAUAUUAAUAUUAAUGCACAUGGUCUGUCAAUUCGCUCUCUGUCGCUGCUUUAGUCCAGCGUAUUAAACGUUUGAGGUGGCACAGGGUAACACACGCUACCCACCAGCGCUGAUAAUGUUAUCUGUAGACGAGCGAAUUUAUUGCAAUAAUAAUGCAUCAUAUCACCACAAUGCUUAUAAGCGGCCGAUCCAUAUUCCAAAGCUACUCAUUUACAUGUUUUAUUGCCUACCAUACUGUCUUAUAUUUUACCCAGUUCAGAUAUAACCUCUGUAUCCAAGUUACUCAUAUUUCUGUAGGUUAUUUGAUUAUUUAUUGCUGUUCUUGUUCUGUUCUGUUUGGAGGGGUGCACCCAUCCACAAUUUCUUCAUUUAUCAUACAGAACUGAUAUCAGAACUCCAAACAAUAAACGGUAAACAAUC